UUAUCGUUUGCGACAACGGUACUGGGUUUGUAAAGUGCGGAUAUGCUGGCAGCAAUUUCCCUGCCUUUAUUUUCCCCUCAAUGGUCGGCCGGCCAAUCAUUCGGGCGGAAAACAAAAUCGGAGAAAUUGAUGUUAAGGAUUUAAUGGUCGGAGAUGAAGCAUCACAGUUACGUUCAAUGCUCGAAGUCAGUUAUCCAAUGGAGAAUGGGGUUGUACGUAACUGGGAGGACAUGUGUCACGUGUGGGACUACACGUUCGGUCCCAGUAAGAUGAACAUAGACCCCAAGGAGACCAAGAUACUGCUCACAGAACCUCCGAUGAACCCUACUAAGAAUAGGGAGAAGAUGAUCGAGGUGAUGUUUGAGAAGUACGGUUUCGACAGUGCGUAUAUUGCUAUCCAAGCAGUACUCACAUUGUACGCACAAGGACUUAUCUCCGGAGUGGUGGUUGAUUCUGGUGAUGGUGUAACCCACAUAUGCCCAGUGUAUGAAGAAUUCGCUUUACCUCAUCUGACAAGGCGUUUGGAUAUCGCCGGACGAGAUAUCACGAGAUAUCUGAUUAAAUUAUUAUUACUGCGCGGUUACGCGUUUAACCAUUCAGCGGAUUUCGAGACUGUUCGUAUGAUGAAGGAGAAACUUUGCUAUAUCGGAUAUAAUAUAGAACAGGAGCAACGACUGGCUUGGGAGACCACUGUGCUUGUUGAACCUUAUGUGUUACCCGAUGGCAGAGUGAUCAAGGUUGGUGGUGAGAGGUUCGAGGCAAUAUUUUCAGUACUAUGUUAUAACCGUUUUCAAGUAUAUAUAAGUAAAUUUAUGUAAUUUAAGUUUUUUAUAUGAAAUAAUGUCAAUUGUUUAAAUAACUUGAGCUCUCCAUUUAUCGUCCAUAAAGGUCAUAUGAAAUACAUGAAAUGGUGAAUUUAAAAAAAAAAUAAAAAAUCAGUUUUACGCAAUUUUGAACCAUUUGAAUGUUAAUAAGAGAAAGUUGUAUGAAGUAAUAAUAAAAUAAAAAA